UUUCAGUCUGCUCAGUGAGACCGAGUCUGUCUCUUCUCCCGUCUGUCUCUCAGCCUGUCUGUCUCUUCGCCCGUCUGUCUCUCUGUCAGGAUGGAGGAGUGUCGUUAUGGAUUAUUGAUUAUUGUGUUUCUGCUACAGAACAACUUUUGUCAGUCAGUUUACAUCAGAGAUAACACAGAUUCUCUCCAUCAGGUUCUCUCAGACUUCAGCAUCAUUCGUCCAAUCAGGACUGACUCAGAGGGGCGUUUCCUGUCAGAGUCAGUCUCUGCCCACCUCCUGCACCGCAGCAAAAGAGAUGCCCGCCAUGCAGAGGACACGCCCAUAUUACAAAUGGCUCUGCCUGUUGAUGCGUCACAGUUCAAUCAUUCAGACCAUACCUGGAAGGGGCGGAGUUACAGGGUUGAGGAGGUGGAACUUUACUACAACGUUACGGUUUUUGGUCAAGAGCUCCAGCUGCAGCUGCGUCCAAACUCCCGUCUAAUCGCCCCCACUGCCACCAUGGAGUGGGAGGAGGCAGGACACCUUCAUUCUCAGCCAAUAGGAGACACCGGCUGCUUCUAUACGGGGAAGGUGUCCAACAUGGAGGACACAUCUGUCGCCAUCAGCAACUGUGACGGACUGGCAGGAAUGAUCCGAACGGAUCAGGAGGAGUUUUUCAUUGAGCCGUUGGAUCGAAGGAGGGUUGAAGGAGAGGAGGAAGAGGAGGAGGAAGGAGGACGACAGCACAUCAUUUAUCGCUCCUCUGCUAUCAAGAAACAACCAGCUGCCAAUCAAACUGAAGCGGCCCAUCAAACUGCAGAUGACUUCCUCCGAGGUCCUCUUUUAGGUUCUCUAAGCUGGAACCAGAAUGUGCUGUGGUCAGCAUCAAACGCAGCGCGACGGCGGCGCUACAUUGAAGAGGCGGAGCUGUUCAACAUCGAGGUUUUAUUGGCAGUGGAUUAUUCUGUUCUUCUCUUCCACGGCCGAGACCACAUUCAGAAAUAUCUUCUGACACUGAUGAACAUAGUUAAUGAAAUCUAUCAGGAUCAUUCUCUGGGCGCCAACAUCAAUGUUGUCCUGGUCAGAAUCAUCAUGCUGUCGCCAACAAAGUCCCAGGAGCUGAUCUCUGUGGGGAAUCCACAGAAGAGUCUGGAGAACGUUUGCGGCUGGUCGUACCUCCAGCAGAGGGAGCAGAGUCACGCCGAGCAGCACGACCACACCAUCUACCUCACCAGGCAGCCGUUUGGCCCCUCCGGCAUGCAGGGUUAUGCUCCUGUCACAGGGAUGUGUCAUUUACACCGGAGCUGUGUCCUCGUGUUGGAGGACGGUUUCUCCUCUGCCUUUGUAGCUGCACAUGAAACAGGACACGUCUUAGGUAUGAAUCAUGACGGUGAGGUGAAUAACUGUGUUGAUGACGUGCCGCUGGGAAGCAUCAUGUCUCCGCGGGUUCAGGCCACGUUCCAUCGAUACCACUGGUCCAGGUGCAGCUGGAGGGAGCUGCAUCAGUACCUGCAUACCUACGACUGUCUCCGUGAUGACCCGUUUAACCACAACUGGCCGGCUCAGCCUCAGUUGCCGGGGUUUCAGUACUCAAUGGACCAACAGUGUCGCUUCGACUUCGGACCAGGAUACAGCCUCUGUACUGCAUACACGACCCAUGACCCCUGUAAACAGCUUUGGUGCAGCGACUACAACAACCCGUUCUUCUGUAAGACCAAGAAAGGUCCACCACUGGACGGGACGAAGUGUGGACCAGGGAAGCACUGUUUUAAAGGGUUCUGCAUGAAGUUGACCCCUGACCUCCUGAGACAAGAUGGCGGCUGGGGAACAUGGAGUUCAUACGGCAGCUGCUCCAGGACCUGCGGGGGCGGGGUCAGUUUUCGGACCAGACGGUGUGACAACCCAACUCCAGCCAAUGGGGGGCGCACCUGCUUUGGAAACAGCUAUGAGUUCCAGCUGUGCAACCAAGAGGAGUGUCCGCCCCUGACUGACUUCAGGGAGGAUCAGUGUAAAGUCUGGAAUCCGUUUUUUGAACAUGAAGGAAAGAAACAUCACUGGCUGCCCUACGAGCACCCAGACUCUGAUGAGCGCUGUCGUCUGUACUGUCAGUCGGAGGAGACGGGGGCGGUGGUUUCCAUGAACAGAAUGGUGCAUGAUGGGACGCUGUGUUCCUAUGGCGACGCCUACAGCGUGUGCGUCCGAGGAGAGUGUGAGCAUGUAGGUUGUGAUGGACAGAUCGCUUCAGACCAGCAGGAGGACCGAUGUGGAGUCUGUGGAGGAGACAACUCCAACUGUAAGAUCAUCAAAGGAAACUUCACUCGCAGCACCAAGAAACAAGGUUACUUAAAGAUCCUGGAUAUCCCCAAAGGAGCCCGACACCUGCUGAUCCAGGAGUUCAAAGGGACUCCUCAUGUCCUGGCGGUGAAGAACCAGGAGACGGGUCAUCUCUUCCUCAACAAUGAAGAUGAGCUCCCAGAGUCCCGUGUGGUGAUUGAGAAGGGCGUGGCGUGGGAGUACAGCAACACUGAGGAGCAGGAGUCCAUCCAGACCACGGGACCGCUCAAGUAUGGAGUCCUGCUGAUGGUCCGUUCCCAUGGCGACUCCAAGGUGACAGUGUCCUAUAAGUACAUCAUCCAGGAUCAGCUCCAGACCUCACUGGAGUCCAAUCUGGUGCAGGAAGAUGCCAUCUUCUACGAGUGGGCGUUGAAGAAGUGGUCGCACUGCUCCAAACCCUGCGGAGGAGGGAAACAAUACACCCGGUUUGGCUGCAGGAGGAAGGCUGAUGGGAAAAUGGUUCACAGGAUGUUCUGCUCCAACAUCAACAAGCCACGAGCCAUCAGUCGCAACUGCAACACCAACACCUGCACUGCACCACGCUGGGUGACCGGGGACUGGGAGGACUGCAGCGCCUCCUGUGGUCAGACUGGGUGGCAGCGUCGCUGGGUGAGCUGCCAGCAGGUGUCCAGCAGGGUGCAGCAGCAGCGUCCCGUGAACAGCAGACUCUGUAAGGACGCCCGACCGGAUGGGAAACGCAUCUGCAACCGCUUCCCCUGCCCCGCUGCCUGGCGAGCUGGGCCCUGGACACCGUGUUCAGUAUCUUGUGGAAACGGAACUCAGGAGCGUCAGGUUGCGUGUUCCAGUUCUGAGAGUUCAGCUGAAAACUGCACUGAACCUCGACCAAUCACAACCCGCACCUGCCAGGCCCCACCCUGCAAUGGUGACCAGAAGAACGCCAUCAUCCAGUGGCUGUCCAGGUCCACCCCAGACUUCCCAGCUCCAAAGAUCUCCUCCAGGCACCGUUGCCGUGGCGAUCAGUCAGUGUUUUGUCGGAUGGAGGUGUUGAGUCGGUACUGCUCCAUCGCCGGAUACCGGCAGAUGUGUUGCAAGUCCUGCAGGGAGGGAAACUUCAGCAACUCUGACAAUUCCAGCAACAUCAGCAGCACGAGCCUGGAGACGGUCAACGGCAGCUCGUGGUUUUCAACCACAGAAACGAUGACCUCAGCAUCCACCUCCACCUGGUCUGACAGCAGCCACAUCAUCAGCACUCCACCUCCCAGCUUCACUGCAGCUCCGCCUCCCAACAGCAGGAGCAGCACCGACUUCGUCUACGUGGAGUACGAAGAUUACGACGAGUAUUCGUACGAGGAUCCUUCAGUUCCCUCUGAGACUCCUGAUAUCAUCCCAGCUACUCCUGCUCCUGCUCCGACUACGACCACAAGGCGUCCAAGAAAAACUGCUCCACCACAUUUGUUCAAGAAGAGAACUUCAGCUCCCACCAUGGCCCCUGAUGCUGUUACCAUGGCAGCUGUUAAUGGCCCAACACCUUCACAAGGCCAGACGUCUGUCUUCCCAGAGUUCCCUGCCACGAUAUCAACUGAUCAUGAUGACAUCAUGGUCAUGCCAUCACCAAACACAUCAUCAGGAGGGCGGAGACUUCAAACUAAAACCAAUAAGACGGAAACUGAACCCGUUCCGACAUCUUCAUCCUUCUUCUUUCCGCUCUUGAAAAAGGAGAACAACUCGGUGGACGAGGUCCCGUACCGGAUCGUGGGAUUGGACGGGGACAUUUCUAGAGGACAGCAGAACUUCUUUGUGCCGCGGAUGCCGCCUUUCCGUGAGCGAACACAAAACAAACGUAUCCAGGAGCUUCUGAACGAGAAACGACGACAGGAUCUUCUAAAGAGACCGAACAGGAGCAGAGAGCGCCGGACUGACAGGAAGCAGCGUGGAUUAUAAAAACAGGAAAAACAUCAGCAGGGUUUAGUUUGAUUGUUCGCUCAUGAUGUCGCAUGUGCAGCUUGCUCACUCUCUGCUAAUGCAAACAAACUCUUCAUGAGAAACAGAAACAGACUGCAGAGCGGACCAACAGAACAGCUGAGGAUGAUUUUCCAAUCAGGGCCUCUCAACUUUCACUUUCAUGUUUCCUGAAGUUUACAGUUCUUACCUCUAACUACAGCUAACUGCCAUAAAAUGAAGGUUGAGCCAGGACGUGGAAACGUGCUUCUGUCUUCAGACUGUUCAGGUUUCACUGGUUUUCAGUUGUUAGCUUUCACAUUCAACAUGUUUGUACCAAAUAAUCCUGUUUCUAAAUAAAGCAAAGUCUG